AAUGACUACAGGGACCACUGAAGUAUGUUUCUUCCGGAGAAGCUGUCACUCUCCUCCAUAGCUCAUUUUAAUUAUUUGUGGCACCCCCAGCGCUUGUUUGGCUGGCAAGUCAGAACAUGAACAGCCAACAGCAAUGUAACACCAGAAGAUGGCAGGGCGACGGGAGCUUGGGGACUCUCUGGGGGAGGGCACUUUGGGGGCCGAGGCACCUGCUAGCUCCUGCCUGGCUGGCAACAGACUCAACUUAGACGUCUACCCUGAAGGCUGUCGCCAGUUCCUUGAGCUGUUUGAGACACGGAGGGAAGAAGUAGCGCAGGUGGAAUUCUUGAGGCUGAACUGCAAUGAGAACCUUAUUGCUUCCACAUUGGGCACCAUUUCUGCCCUGAAGUGUCUGAAAUCCCUCGUACUCAAAGGUGGACACCUCAGAGAUGAAGCCGGUGCUUGUCGGAGAGGAUUGCUGGCAUCUUUGCCACAAGAGUUCGAGACAUUAACCUGCCUUGCCCACCUGGAUCUCAGCUUCAACAGCUUCGCUGCUUUGCCUCCCUGCAUUACCAGGCUAACCAAUCUCAGGAGCCUCUUCGUGGGCCACAACAGCUUGCAGGGGCUGCCAGAAGACUUUGGCCAGCUCACCAAGCUGACUUUCUUUUCUGCCAUGAAAAACCAGCUCAGAAAUCUUCCACAAAGCAUUGGGGAACUGGCUGAACUACAAACACUGGACCUCUCAGAAAAUGCACUGCAGUCACUUCCUGAAGAGAUUGGCAACCUUCAGAAUUGCACAGAGCUGGACCUCUCCGGGAACCUAUUGACAGAAAUCCCCAGCUCCCUUGACAAUUUACAAUCUCUGCGGCAGCUACAACUUCACAGCAAUCUUCUGGUGACAGUUCCCGCAUCCCUUGCCCAUCUUCCCAACUUGUCCAGGCUUGAUCUGCAAAAUAAUAGGCUGCGCAGCAUCCCUUGGGAGAUCCAGAGCUUCCCUUUUGUGCAUCUCCGUGGUAAUCCUCUAGGAGAACCAGAAGUGCCUCUGCGGCCAGAUGACUCUGCCUUAGAAGAAUCAAGAAGAUUGUUCCUUGGAGUUGGUGAGGACAGCUUCGUCGUGACUCCUGAAGGCUGCAGAGUCUCCCUGGUCUGUGGUACCCAGCUUUGCUUUCCCCAGGGUGCCACCACUUCUGCAGUAACGAUCCAUUUCCAAAAAUGUUCCCCUGAUCCUCAGUGGGUGAAGCUGAAGCAUCAUGACAUCUUGCUAAGCGAAGUCCUGGAACUGCGGCCUCAUGGGAUGGACUUCGAGAAGGAGGUGCAAAUCUGGAUGCCUUAUGCCUUCCCGCAGAGCUGGCUUAAUCGUGAAGUCAUAAUUAGAACCUUCAGUGAACAGAAGUGGAGUGAUUUAAGAGCCAGAAUAAGACGCAAAGGGAAGAAACGUUUGGCGUGCUGCUGCGUUCCGCACUUCUCCUGGUUCGUGGUUGUCUCUCGACUUGUAGAGAAUGAAUGCAGAGUCCCCCAGGAAGGGGCGCUGCUCUUUUCAACGGUGGAUCCCAACAUUAAAGUGACUUUUCCUCCUGGUGUGACGGAGGAGACCAGGACAGUGAAGCUCCAGGUAUUACCUGUAUCAGCAAAGGAAUUACGAGAUAUCACAGAGGAUGCAGAAACUGUUGCUAGCCCCCUUCUUUACCUCUCCCAGAACUCUACUGUGGACUUCCUUCAGCCCAUUAAAAUUCAGCUCCCACUGCCACCAGGAGUCACAGGCCUCACCUUGGAUCACUCCAGGGUCCAUCUGUUGCAUGGAGACUGGAACGCUCAAAACUGGAAUGACAUAACAGAUCAAGUGGUGCUGGAGUUUACCCACCUCUACGCUUUGUUUGAAGUCACCCACUUUUCUUGGUACUGGUUAUGGUGCACAACCAAGGCCUGCAUUGGUGGCAUUGCAAGAGAGGUCUAUAAAAAGCUUCGCAUGUACCAGGUGAACUUCAUAGCUCUGCAAAGAAAGAAAGAUCCUGAACAAGUCUUGCUGCAAUGUCUCCCAAAGCACAAGGUUGAUCCUGUUUUGAAAAAGCUUCAUGAUAGAUACCAAGGCCCUGAACCAUCCGACAUGGUGGAGAUGCUUGAAGGAGAGCAGUUCUUUGCCGCCUUUGAAGGAGGCAUCAACAUUGAUGCAGACCGUCCAGACUGCAUUGAUGGAAGGAUUUCAUUCAACUUUUUCUCUCACUUGAAAAAUGUGAAGGAAGUCUAUAUUACCUCUGAAACGGACAGAAAAACCAAAGCUGUGAAAGGACAGGUUUCCUUUUACCGUGGAGCUCUUCCAGAGAGCAUUCCUGAAGAAGUGACUAAGAGGAGGAAAGGCCCCGACUCCCACUGGCUGGCUAGCUUGCCAAUCAAGUUGCCUAAACUGAAGUCUCAGGGGAAUGAGCAGCCUAUAAUCCAAAAUGGCUUCUCUCUUCCCCCACUGAAUUUGGGGGACGCUGAAACUGGUUACCUGACACAGUCUAAUCUGCUUGCCAUUGCUGGACGCAUUGGAGCCGAUUGGCAAUCGAUUGGCUUAAAUUUGGGGUUAUCCUAUCAGCAGAUACAACGGAUACAAUACAACAACAGGGAAGACCUCAAUACACAGAUUCUGGAUAUGCUUUUCUCUUGGGCUCAGCAAAAUCAAAAGAACUCUGACUGCAUAGACAGGCUGGUUGUUGCCAUGAAGGAGAGUGGCCGCCAAGACAUAGCAGAUGAGAUCACCUCCAUUAUUGCCCUGGGCAAGCAAAAAUACAGGGAGUCCAUCCGAAGAGUGGGCCUGGACCAGGAGAGCAGCAAUGAAGAUUCUGCCAUUGCCAUGGCGUAGUUGCUAGCCAAGGGCCAUUGUCACCUUACCAUGAUGUGCAACAAGCCUCCUGGGGCUACAAGAAGAACUGACAGCGAAGAAGUGCAUUGCUGGCCAUUGCAAAAGUGAAGGCUGUUGACAGCAUGGGUCUAGCCCUUUGUGCUAUGUACUAACAUCUGGAUUUUGUCAAGUGCCAACAUAUUCUUGUUCAGGAGGAUUGGAGUGGGAAUGACUUGUGUAAGCUCUGAGGGUCAGUGAAACAGGAAUGUUCUGAACAUUAAUUGUCAUCCUUUUUGUAUUAUUUAUUUAUAAUACUUAUUUCAUUCCCAUCACCACUUCUUAUAAUUUCUAGCCUAGUGAUUGGUAUAGGGAAGUUGGGGAUAUAUGCUUCUCCUUUCAACAGCACUGGGGUUAGAGGCACUGGACUCCCGUGUACCGCAUUUUUUCGCUCCAUAAGACGCAUCUCUCCAUAAGACGCACUUCAUUUUUAGGGGAGGAAAACAGGGGAAAUGU